AUGAAUGGGCAAGUGAAUGGAGUCGGUGGUCUGUACUUUAUUGAUUAUUUGGAUGAAAUGAAAAACACCAAUAGUAGCGUGUAUGAAAUAGCUCAAUUGUAUGAUGACAACACUGAAAAUGAAAGUAACAACUCUCAAUUAGUCAAAAGCAAAGAAAAGGUAUGUGUUUAUAACAAAAAAUAUUUAUCUAACUGUGAAAAUGCCAAUAAGGUCUUAAAAACCAAUCCGGUGAUAUCAAGAGAAUUUUACUUGUUAGCUCAAAAGAUAUACACUCAAUACAAAAAGCUGUUUGAUGAAGCCGAAUAUUUUUAUGAAAGCGAUUUAAUGGAACUGGACAAAACAACAGAAGAAGCUUGUUUCAAUUUGGUUUUAUGUCGAAUGAAAGAUGUCAAGAAAAAAGUAUCAGAGAUUGAAAAGCAAAUAGCUCACAAAUGUGAAGGUAUCUUAAUUAAAACAGAUUUCCAACAAGUUGUAACAAAUAUCAAAGACAUUGAAGAUAAUAAUGUAUAUCCAUUCAGCUGCAUCAAUUUGAAAGAAAGACUUGAAAAAGUCGAUGCAACGUUUGUCCACACGUUUGAAUUUAUAGAAACGACACAACCAAAUAUUAACUCGAUUUGUGACAAAAUUGACGCUUUCAAUUUGGAAUGUAAAACAAAGAAAGAAAUGUUGAACAAAGUGAACAAAGAUUAUUUGUAUAACAUUGACAUGAUUCAAGUAAACAUCCAAACCAAUCCGGUGAUAUCAAGAGAAUAUUACUUAGAAGCUCAAAAGAUAUACAUUCAAUACAAAAAGCUGUUUGAUGAAGCCGAAUAUUUUUAUGAAAAUGAUUUGAUAAAACUGGACAGAACAAUAGAAGAAGAAUGUUUUAAUCUUAUUAUUGCAAGAAUGAAAAAUGUGAGCAAACGAAAAGCCAAAAUGGUCAAAAACAUAGCUAAUAAUAUCGAUGGCAAUAAGUUGAAAAAUGAUUUUCAAAAUGUUAUAGAAACACUUGCAUCAAUAGAGAAUGAAACGUAUUAUCCAUUCAGUUGCAACACUUUGAGAGACAGACUUGUGCAAACAAAUCCAAAAAAUGAAGAGGUUUUUAAUUUCGUUGAAACAACACAACCACAACUCGACGCUAUUUGUGAAAAAAUUAACACUAUUAAUUUACAAAAGAAAAUUGAAAAUGAUCGACUUGAGAAAGAAAAAAAAGAAAAGGAAGAAGCUGAAGAAGCCGAAAGACAGUUAAUGGCAAAGAAAAUUUUUGAAUAUAACAAUGAAGGGUAUUAUUUGGAAAACUUGGCCAAUUUCCUUGAAAGAGAAUUUUCACAUGAAAGUCCUUCGUUCAUUCAUCCAUAUUCGAAAAUAGCAGUUAUAGUGAAACAAGCAUAUCUCUUCACUAAAACGUUUGUAUCAGUCGACAACAAAGAUAUUCUGCGUAUAAAAAGUCUUUAUGAGAACAUCAACAAAAUAACUCUUGAAAACAAAUUCAGUUUCGAUGAAAUCAUUUUGUUGUUGGGAGCCGAAAGUGCGACGUAUUAUUCCGAACAUCGAUAUAAGCAAUAUCACCCCAAAUUUGACGCUGUAGUCCAUAAGACUAAAUUUGAGAAAAUUAUUAAAUUGCUUGAAAACAACAAACGAGACACAAAGGAAUUGAAGAAGAAAUUUAUGUUGGCAAGAAGCAAAGACAAAAAGCCUGAAGAAAUUGAAAAGGAAAAUGCACUUUUGGAUUACAGAGAAGUUAAUUUCCAAAGUCAUUUCAAAAAUUAUUUCACAGAAGACAACGAAGAUGAAAAUCCAGAAAUGGUCACUUUGAUGAAAAAGUACUUCAACUUCUGCUACAAUGGAAAUUACACAUUCACUGAUAAAAACAUUGAAAUUGUUAAUCAUCUGAAAAAGGACUUUUUAGAAAAGUUGGAGACCGUCUUUGGCUUACAAGAGGAGGGUUACUACGAUGAAGCCAAAAACUCACUGAAAGAUGCGUUGAUCGCAAAGAUCAAUUUGGUCGAAUUUUUGGAUUUUGAAAACAUAACAAGUCAACGAGAAAAGUUGUGGAGAACCUGCCAAUUUGUGAUUAAGAUGGAGAAGAUCUUAUACUCGCUUGGAGUUGCGUUUGAGUUCUUUGACUUGAAAUACAGUGAGCUUCCAAAAGUUCUCCAAGAUGAAAUCAAACUGUACAACUCAGUGAUGUUGAUCAAGGCGUGCAGUGUAGUUCAAUAUUUCAGAUUUAUGAAUACUCUUGACAACGUUCAUCAAGUGUAUUUGAAUUACAACAACAACUUGGUACUCAAAUUGCAAUCAGUCAUACGAACAUUGGCAACACAAGAUUAUGAUAUUACACACGACCCAAUAGUCACUGAAUAUGUGAGACAAUCAAUGAAUGAAACUGUUGUGGAUAAGAACAACUUGGUGUUGUAUGAAAGUGAGUCAAAGUACACUGAAAACAUGUUGAAUAUGUACAAGCCGAUAUUAUCAGAUGGAGUCUCUCUAACAUCGUCGAAAAACAAAUUGUUCACGUUGAAUGCCGUCUCACAAUUUUUGCUCUCCAAUUACGCCUUCUUUGAUGAGGUCAUCGAAUUUAGUCGCAACGUAAAUGCUACACUAUUGAACAAAGAGAACUUCGGCUUCAUUCCAAACAUUUUCAAUUUAAUCACAUCAACUGUAGCAAUCGUUAACAGAACACCACAAAGCGAUGAUAUCUGGAUCAAAUGUCCUCGUUACCGAUGGGAUUAUGAAUCACACUUCACAGAAGAAAUUAAAAGUAUAUGGACAAUGGAAGUCAAAAUGGCAUACAACUACAGAGUUUUACUUACCAACACAAACUAUUCAAUAGUCAAUUAUUUGCUAUGCAAAAAUUGGAGUAGUCAAUAUGAGUACAACAUCUUAAUGAUUAACACAAUAACAGACUUGGACUCAAAACCAAAUUUUGAUUUUAAAACGAAUGAAAAUGAAUGUUACAGGACACAUAUGAGAUGGAUUGUUAACAACUUUGGUAUAACAGAAAGUAAACGAAAUUAUGAAAUACAAUUGAAAAGUUGUGUGAAUGCAAUUUCUGGUAUUAUUUCAUUUGCUGGAUACCAACUUGACAGACCAAAAGUAUUCCCAUCACUCAACUAUUUUGGAGCAUCCGUUCCUAUAUGCAAAUACACUGACCAUCUCACUACUAGUGAAAUUGAGACAAAAAUUGAUUCGACGAUGUUUGUUGAGACGUUCAGAGUGUAUUUCGAGAGAAUGAAAGAGCAAGAGCGAUAUUAUAAGCAAAACAGUAUCAUGUCUAAUGCAAUUUUUGAGUUCUUAAGAGAUCGAAUAGGACAAAAUUUCAAAGAAAUUUGUGUUACAAAUAUUGAAGGAUUAUCAAAUGAUUUUAUGAAAGAAAGAUAUGACCAAUUUGUUGGGAUAUAUGCAGAUUGUGUCACAUUAAAUAACGAUGACGAGUCGUUUGUAGUCAAUAAAACGGUAAAUGGAUUUGAAGUGAAGGCGAAACUUGGUGAAAAUGCCGUUGGAAAUCGGUUGACGUUUAAUUACGUCUUUAAUAAAAAGUAUGAUAAAAUGGGACUUUCUUUCGACCAUGGAAAAUGUGUGAAGAAUGAGAACAAUGUGUUUGUGUGGACUUAUAAAGAUUAUAAAGCAUUUGAUCAUACCGAAGAACUGAAUUAUCAAUUCGAACAGAAGGACAUUAACCUUCCAAAAGACUUAAUUGUCAUGAUAUCUUAUAUUGGUAAGAUGGAAUUGUACUACGACUUAAUCAAUAAAAAAGUUGAAGAAGACAUUAAGCACGAAAGAAUGGUAAAUGAACACAAUAGAAUACAAGAAAUGGAGAGAUUGGAAAGAGAAAGAAUUUUAUGGCAACAUGGAAUUACUUUCUUUUAA